AUGUCCGCUCCAAGCCCUAUUGCGGCGAGGCGUAUGAUGUUUCAUGGGCCGCUGCGUGCCCCACGCCAGAGUAACCAGCCUGCUCCCAAUGACGAGGAGUACGGUGACGAUGGCCAUGGCGUCGAUUGCGAGACGAAUGACGGACAUGACACCCAGGAUACCACUCCCUUGCUCCCCAUCUUCUCAGCGCCUCACCUUGACUCUCUCCCCGUCUACCAUCUCACAUACGAUCUGUGUCUCCUUGUGGCUUCACGAUGCGAGACCACUCUCACCUGGGAACAGCUCCGUUCGCCGCAGGUGUCGCAGUUCCUUCUAAAACCGAUUCUACAGGCGAUACACACAGCUCAUUUCUCCAGGGCAACCCUCUACUCCCUCAUGGCAAACUGUCUCCAGUUCCGUAAGGAGGCCGAUAUAAAGCCAGGGAUAAGUGGCGCUAGCCAUACCAGGGCCAUGGUGUGUGAGCUCCUGGCCAUCAAGCUUCUCAAGGAGUACUCCACGAGGGAGUUGAUCGAUGCUCUUUCCUAUGAUUUUCAUCCAUUGCAGGGCCAAACGCCUCCGUCGACGACGAGCACCACCGCACACGAGACCGGAAGGUAUCCCCACAGUCGCAGCCAGCGACAUUUAAAGGGCGUUCGUAUAUCCUGCUUGGAAGUCGCCAUCAGAGCCCAGGCGAAAAGAUUUUUAGCCCAUCCCCUGGUUGUUCAGCAAUUAGAGGCUAUAUGGGCCGGCACCAUUGUCUUCUACUCGGCUGCUGACCAUUUGCACCGUCUCCCUCUCAGGAAUGCUACCAGAACUCAGUACGGCUCCUUGGGAGCAUCCGUGGAUCCUGCGAACGGGGCUUACACAGACUCCACCUCGUUCAUCUCGAGACGCUCUGCUUCACUCUAUGACCCGCAGGAUGCUUCCCUAUUCAAACUGUCCCGCCUGCGGGUCCCGCGCUAUCGCCAGGUGCUCUCCACAUGUUCAUUCGCUGUAUUAUUGUGUCUAUUCCUCACCGUCAUUCAGAGAAGGUCCUUUCUCCUUACCACCUUGGAGCUUGUCUUCUGGUUCUGGAGCGCUGGCUACAUGCUGGACGAGAUUGUCGGAUUCAACGAACAAGGUUUCAGUCUGUACCUAAUGAGCUUCUGGAACACCUUUGACGUCGGGAUUCUGUUUCUCCUUUUCUGUUACUACUGUCUACGCUUGUACAGCGUCCUGCUUCUGGACCAUACUGUCGCAAUUCUGGCCUACGAUGUCCUUGCGGCGACUGCCGUCCUCCUAGUACCAAGGCUCUUUUCGGUCCUGGAUCACUAUCGCUACUUCUCUCAGCUGCUCAUAGCCUUCAGGAUGAUGGCUGUAGAUCUCUUCGCUGUUCUUAUCCUGAUCAUAAUCGCCUGCAGUGGAUUCUUCGUCGCCUUCACCUUCUCCUUUGGACACGGCGAUUCUCCCAGCUCCGUGAUCUAUGCUCUUUUCCAGAUGAUCAUGGGUUUCACCCCAGCCGCCUGGCAGCUUUGGGAUCGUUAUAACCCCCUCGGAAAGGCCAUCCUCAUCCUAUUCCUCUUUAUUUGCCACUUCCUUGUCGUCACCAUUCUCAUUACAGUCCUAACAAAUUCAUUCAUGGCUAUCGUCCAGAAUGCAAACGAAGAACACCAGUUCCUAUUUGCCGUAAACACAAUUUCCAUGGUCAAAUCUGAUGCUCUAUUUUCCUACAUUGCACCUGCAAACAUUGUGGCAUGGGUCGUUGCACCCUUGCGGUUCGUCAUGCCUUUUCGGAGCUUCAUGAGGCUUAACAGGACAAUCAUAAAGGCCACACAUUUCCCGAUCCUGUUUAGCAUAUACCUUUAUGAGAGGAUUGCAUUACGCUCGGCGGUAUUCGAGCCGACUGAUCUGGUCGAUGGGCCUUUGCGCCCUAGCCAAUCUAAAAACUGGGUUAAUAACGGUAACAAGGGUCAUGACCUCUUUGCACUCGGAAAUACUUUUCGCUUGAGAGAGCCAUCGAUCGCAACGCACCAGAAGGAUGAGGCUUUGGAACAAGUCUUCCGUCGUCCUUUCAGGCAGACCGCUCACCGCGUGAGGCAGGACACCCGUGCUCAGCAUAAAUCCAAUGCUAUAGUUAGCGACUGGAUGCGGGACAUUGGACCUGGCGGCAUCGCUGAACCACCUGACGAAGAAGAUCAGGCGGUGCUGGAACGACUGGAACAGCGACGAAUACUGUGUUUUCCAGGAGCGCGGAGAAGAUUAAAACACUCUCUGCGCGACCCGACCAUCACGACCCGGUCAGUUGCCUCUGAUCCAGAAGAUUUUGUCAAUAGCGGGAAAAUCCGCCCAAAAGCUCCUGCUGUCGAGAGAGGCUUUGGGCACCCGCUUCGCAAGCAAUUAACCCAGCAGACGGACAUGGAAGGCGACGACGAGCUUAGCAGCGACCACCAGCAGGAUGACGAGGUGUCGAGCCUGCGCCAAAGAACCACGACGAUAGGCAGCAGGAUACAAGACGAGCAGGAGGAUUUGUUCAACCUUACAAAUGGACCAUCUUCCAAUUCAUUCAAGGGAUCGUCACGGCCCUCGACGGCGAAGAGGCUCUCUAGACGAAACAGCCCAAACCGCAAGCCGAAUACGCCACGACGCAAGCAUUCCAGAAAUUUAUCGAGCGCUACUGUCCUCUUAAACCCUCUCCGUUCAUGGACUACAGGUGAGGUAAAUCCCAUGCCAUCGGGGAAGCCGGCUCUCAGGAGAGCUUUCCAGAGGAGCACACCACCCACGCCCAGCCGCUCACCCAAGGAAAAAACCGCUGCGCAUACCGGUCCGCGGCCCAUUCACCCCUCGAAGCCCGAAGCAAAAUCCGUUCCCAAUCUCAACGGGGUGCUGCUAUCUGGCGACUUUCUCAAGCUCAAUCGCGGCCGUUCGUCCAUCGCGAUAGGGCUCGGUUCCGAUCUGGGCGAUAACAAGGCCGUCGGCGGUGGGUUUGUCGGCGGCAUCCCCGCGAGCUUCGCCACGCAAAUGGCAUACGCGACCGGGGAUCUUCAGCGAAACCGUUCGAAUACCGAUCACAGGGAUACAUUGAAUAGAUUAGUUCUUGCGAGGAUGAAGACUCUCGAGGAAAGUUUCCGGGACGUGAUAAGGGAGGUGAAAGACCUCCGCAGAGAGCAAAUAUAUCCACCGGACAUCCGGGGCAAUAUGGCUUCGAAAGCGAAUAUUCCCACUUCUAAACGUCAGUAUAUUGAAUACCACUCCGAAGACGGCGGCAACAACACUGAUCUGAUAUUUGAUGACUCCUCAUCCGAGCUAAAAGCGAGUUCUGUAUGAUUUAUGAUUCCCUCAGGGCAUUUGGUGCGGUUUAAUUUUUCAGGCGGAAGAUUGUUUGCUUGUAUACUAUGUAUUGUAAUCGCUGGUGGCCUUUUGUGAUUCGAGCAUUUCAAUGAUUUGAGUACCCCUAUGAGUUUAGCAUGUAACUAACUAAGUAAUGUUUAUGAAUGUUGUGGAGUACGGAG